UUGGUUGCACCGUCCGGGCCAGAGCCCCCGGAGGGGUAAUUAACGAAAGAUUAAUGAGCUCCCCAAAGUCAACAGAAAAAUCGAUGGGCCGGAGGAGGAGCGGCGGCUGCGCAGUCCCGCGGGGGGAGGGCGUUGGGGGCAUCGGUCGGGGCGCAGGGGCCUCACCUGGACAGAAGAUCCGCGCUGCGCCGCAGUCGGUGGUGAGCCGUCGGCAAUGUCUGCCCAGGCCUCAGCCCCUACUGAGGCUCCACCGGUGGCCUCUCUAGAAGCACAGGAGACUGGACCAGCCCCAGCCAAAGAGAACCAAGUGGAGAUGGGGGCUGAGGAGACGGGGGCCCCUGCCUCGCCCCACCAGAAGUCCUGGCUGGUGCGGCAUGUCUCCCUGCUGCUGCGGCGGGACCGGCAGGCCCAGAAGGCCGGGGAGCUCUUCUCGGGGCUCCUGGCCCUCAACGUGGUGUUCCUGGGCGGAGCCUUCAUCUGCAGCAUGAUCUUCAACAAUGUGGCCGUCACGCUGGGCGACGUGUGGAUCCUGCUGGCUGUGCUGAAGGCCCUCUGCAUCCUCUGGCUCCUCUACUACGCCACAGGCACCACCCGCCGAUCGCACGCUGUGCUCUUCCGUGACCCUCACGCGGGACCCAUUUGGGUGCGGGGCUCCCUGGUGCUCUUUGGCAGCUGCACCGUCUGCCUGAACGUCUUCCGCGUGGGCUACAACGUGAGCCACAUCCAGUGCAAGUCGCAGCUGGAGCUCAUCUUCCCUGCCAUCGAGAUCGUCUUCAUCGGUGUCCAGACCUGGGUGCUCUGGAAACACUGUAAGGAUUGUGUUCAGGUCCAGACCAACUUCACUAGGUGUGGCCUGAUGCUGACCCUGGCCACCAACCUGCUGCUGUGGGUUCUGGCCAUCACCAACGACUCCAUGCACAGCGAGAUCGAGGCCGAGCUCAGCGCCCUCAUGGGGAAGCUCUCAGGCAAUGAGACCAAUACCUGCCUGUGCCUCAACGCCACAGUGUGCAAGGUCUUCCAGAAGGGCUACCUGAUGCUCUACCCCUUCAGCACCGAGUACUGCCUCAUCUGCUGUGCUGUGCUCUUUGUCAUGUGGAAGAACGUGGGCCGCCGCCUGGCACCCCACACAGGCGCCCACCCCGGCACCCUGCCCUUCUGCCUGCACGGGGCCAUCUUCGGGCCACUGCUGGGCCUGCUGGUGCUGGUGGCAGGCGUGUGCAUCUUCGUGCUCUUCCAGAUCGAAGCCAGCGGCCCCACCAUCGCACACCAGUACUUCACCCUCUACUAUGCCUUCUACGCGGCCGUGCUGCCCGCCAUGAGCCUGGCGUGCCUGGCGGGCACGGCCAUCCACGGGCUGGAGGAGCGAGAGCUGGACACGCUCAAGAACCCCACCCGCAGCCUGGACGUGGUGCUGCUGAUGGGCGCAGCCCUGGGCCAGAUAGGCAUAGCCUACUUCUCCAUCGUGGCCAUCGUGGCCACUCACCCCCACAAGCAGCUCAACCGCCUCAUCCUGGCCUACUCGCUGCUGCACAUCCUGCAGCACAUCGCCCAGAACCUCUUCAUCAUCGAGGGCCUCCACCGGCGCCCGCUCUGGGAGGCAGCUCCCGAGGGCCUGGCGGGGAAGCAGGAGGCAGGGCCACCCCGUAGGGGCUCCCUGCUGGAGCUGGGCCAGGACCUGCGGCGGGCCUCGCGCGCCUAUAUCCACUCCUACAGCCACCUCAACCACAAGCGGCGGGCGCUCAAGGAGAUCUCGCUCUUCCUCAUCCUCUGCAACAUCACACUGUGGAUGAUGCCCGCAUUUGGGAUACACCCAGAGUUUGAGAACGGACUGGAAAAGGAUUUCUAUGGCUACCGGACAUGGUUCACCAUCGUCAACUUUGGCCUGCCGCUGGGGGUCUUCUACCGCAUGCACUCUGUGGGGGGGCUGCUGGAGGUCUACCUGGGGGUCUGAGGCUGCCCAAGGAACCCACCCCCGGCAGAACCUCAAAGUGCCAAGGCUGGGGGGAAGGUAGC